AUGUACAAAUUGUCUCAAAUAAUCGACACGGCAAGGGAAAGUCUAGACGACUCGAUGGCUCGCCAGCCCCAUUCGCCCUUGACUAUUAAUACCUCUGCGCCUGUAUCACCGGCUGUAUCUUUAUUCUCUGCGACAGGCCACAAUCGUGUCUCGAGUUCCGUUUCUUCGCUGGUUUCUGCGCCGGGUUUGGGAAAUUCCAUCGAUAGUCCCAGUCGGAGCCAUUUGACCGGUGUCAAAGAAGAGGAAUGCACGCGUGAUUCGUUGGAAGAUCAUUAUUUCCAACAUUUUGAUUACGGCAUGUGCGCUGAAGAGUCAUAUUUCGCCCCCGUGGAAUACUCCGAUAACUACGAUUUGAGCGACACGGGCAUGGAAACCGCCCCAUCACCCAAGAAGCGCCGCUCAGAUAGUAUGUCGAUGAAGGGCGUCUCGCGCAUCAACUCGCACAUCUCAACCAUGUCCGCCCGCUGGAAGACCAAACGAUCCUCAGGCGGCGAAGUCGAUAUGUUCCCCGACGAUCUCCGAUCGCGCGCAAACUCGGCCGCCUCAUCCGCCCUAGCGAGCCCAAUCACCAGCCCAAUGACCAUGAGCCGAGUUGACUCGAUUCCGCCCUCGCCCGCGCGCACGAUCUUCGAAGAACGCCUCAACGAGUCCGGCACCCGCCCAAUCGACAUUACCCGCGCCAACAGUUUUAGCCAAGACGAUAACGAAGAUAACCAGGCGACAACGCCCCUCCUCCCCCCAUUCAUGGGCGACGACCCAACCAGCGUCGUAGCCUCCCGCGUUCAAUCGCCCCUCCAAUCCCCCUCUGUGGCAGACGUGAACGAAUCCCACUGUAACUACAAUGUGACCUCUGAACCACGCUUCACGGGGAUUCUUCCCUCACCCCCUCUCUCCUCGAAACCAUCCAUCGCCUCCUUCAACCGACCUCGCGCCAGCACAGUCCGCGCCGUCUCUGCAGACGCUACGCCCUUCGUUCUCUCGGACCCAAACGACGAGUGGGCCAACAAGCUCGGCCACGCCAACUUCACCAUCUCCCCGGAGCCGUACGCCCCGGUCUGCUGCGACAUGGCCAGUUUCCAGACCAUGCGCGCAGACUGGGACGCUGCACGGUGCAAUUUCGCCAAGCAUCUCGUCCGCACGGGCGAGCACUAUGGCGCCACCUCAACGAUCUACAAACUUACCGUUGAGAAGUGGGAAGCUAUCAAUAGCGAUUGGACGGCGCAGUACGAGGCCAUGCUAAAUCAGCUUGGCGAUGACGCUGUUGCGCUGACGCUGACCCAAUCCAAUAUCCACCCGUGCCAAGUGCGAGUCCCGGCCUUGCAUGAAGACAAGUUCCCGGAAAUGGGCGACGAGGAUAUCGUCGGCCCGAUGACUGUUGCUGGGUGUCGGGUGAAGUCCGAGAAGAAGAGGAAUUUCUUCCGCUUUUUCCAAGAUUUGGUUUCUAGACCCUGA